AUGUCUUGUUGCACAAAGUGUGGAGUGACUAAAUAUCGUGCAUUUACUUUAAUUCUGCUUGGAGUGGCUAUAGCUAUCCAGUCCGUGUCGGUUGCACUUCCGGUGUGGAGUGAGAUAAACACAAACUACUUUACAUACACCAUCAGGGCGUAUCAAAACCUGUGGACAGUUAAUAUCCUUGAGGAUGGGCAAGCUGGAGCCUUCCCAAAAGAAAAGUCGAAGAUGAAUGUCGGUUGGAAGAAAGACCUACAGAAUGUAGAGGUUACUUGUAUUGUAGCAGGGUUGCUCGGUUUAUUCUUGCUUUUGCUGUCGUCGAUUACUCGCAAGAUGGCGCUGUUAGCAGGAAUCUGUCGACUUUUUGGAAUUUGUUUUAGUCUCUUAGCAGCUAUAGAGGUACUGGUGGGUUCCCUUCUGUAUGAAUAUCAACACAGAGAAAUUUUCUCUAUCAAUGCGAAAGAUCCAAAAAACUACUACCCCACAGACAAACUGGAGCUAUCAUCCGGGUUCUUCAUCUCCACCACUGCUGGUGCUUUGUACGCACUAGUGGUGACUGUCGAAAUUGUGGUCUUAGCAGCAAAUAAUGUGAAGUCAGAAAAGGAAAAGAACAUGGUGACAUCAUUUUCAUAGAGCUUUGCAUUGUGUGCAUGUCCUAUUUAUGGUGAUUUACAAAUCAUAUAAAGAUUCUGACGAUUCUGUAAUCUAAGAAUAAAACCCAAAGGGCUAUAUAAACAAUAUUUAUAUUAAAUGUACCCCCGGCAAAAAUCUCCUCAAAUAAGGUCUAUUAUAACGAAAGUUCGUAUAAAGAUUAAACAAUCAAUGUAUGUUUUGUAAGACAGAAAAUUUUGUAUUUUCUGAAUUACACAAAUGUUUAACUUGUGUUAGUUGUUCUAACAUUGAAACACAAUUAUACAUCAUCAUACUAGGAUCUCGUAUGUUGUUCAGUAGGACAUUGAGAGAUGCAAUUGACCUUUGGCUCGGGCUUUUAGUACAUGACAUUCUGAUUACAU